AUGCGCUCCUUCGCAACAUCACUUUCCUUGCUGGCCGUCGGGGCUCUCCAGGGCGUAUCAGCCUUGGACGCCGCCGGAUGGAGAAACCAGAGCAUCUACCAGGUCAUCACCGACCGCUUCGCCACGUCCGACGGCUCGACCCCGGUUUGCGACAUCACCCCAGGCCUGUACUGUGGCGGCACCUGGAAGGGCAUCACGAGCAGGCUGGACUACAUCCAGAACCUCGGCGCCACCGCCAUCUGGAUCUCGCCCGUCGUGAAGAACGUGGAUGGUAACGUUGGCGGCAACGGAGAGGGCUACCACGGCUUCUGGGCCGAGGAUAUCUACUCCAUCAACCCGCACUUUGGCACCGAGGCCGACCUCAAGGAGCUCGCCGACGCCCUCCACGCCCGCGGCAUGUACCUCAUGGUCGACGUCGCCCCCAACCACUCUGGCCUCAACGACUCCCCCGGCAACUACACAAAGUACAAGCCCUUUAACAAGCCCGAGUACUACCACAAGGAAUGCGCCAUCAACUGGAACAACCUCCAGUCCGAGCAGCUCUGCUGGCUCGAGGGUCUGCCCGACCUGCGCACCGAGGACAACUACGUCCGUCAGGUGUACGCCGCAUGGAUCAAGGACCUGGUCACAAAGUACUCCAUCGACGGCCUCCGCGUCGACACCGCCCUCGAGAUCGAGCCCGAGUUCUGGACCGUGGGCGGCUUCAAAGAGGCCGCCGGCGUCUUCCUCCUGGCCGAGGUCAGCCACUCCUCCCUGAGCCUGCUGGCCCCCUACCAGCAGUACCUCGACGGCAUCAUGGACUACAGCAGCUACCACCUUCUCUCGCCCGUCUUCUCCACUCUGGAAGCCAGCAUGGACGGCGUGUACGAGAGCACCAACCAGAUGGCUAGCAUGUCCACCAUCGACCCUUCCAUCUGGGGCUCCUUCAUCGAGAACCAGGACCAGCCCCGCUUCCCCUACCUCAACGGCGAUAUAGCCCUCGCCAAGAACAUGUACGCCCUCACCAUGCUCCGUGACGGCAUCCCCAUCGUCUACUACGGCCAGGAGCAGCACUUCUCCGGCGGUCCCAACCCCAACAACCGCGAGGUCUUUUGGACCGGCGGCUACAACGACAAGGCGGAGCUCUACGGCUGGAUCCAGCAGACGAACAAGAUCCGCGUCCACGCCGCGCACGCAAACGCAGACUUCCUCACCAAGGAGCGCACCCGCGCCGUCUUCUCGUACGGCAGCACCAACAGCAGCCGUGUCAUCGGCCUUCGCAAGGGCCAGCUCUUCUCCAUGUACACCAACGGCGGCAGCGCCGCGUCCAACGGCGUCAUGUUCGCCAUCGCGCGCAAUGUCCACGGCUUCGCCAUCGGGGCCGACGUCGUCGACGUCUUGAACUGCCAGUCCUUCCAGGUCGCCUCCCACGGCCGUCUGUGGGUGCAGAUGCCCGCCGGUGGCCUGCCGCGCGUGUUCCUGCCCAAGGAGCAGACCGAGGGGCUCUGCAACGACGUCACGCCGCCUGUGGCGGACGCCACUAUCAAGGUCGGCGUCGACAAGAACACGGGGUACAGCAGGCGGGCGGUGAUGCUGGAGUAG